UCCCAGUGUUCUUAUGCAAAGGAGGUCAGGCGCAGAACACACUUCCUGCUGUGCCUGCAGCCAGGGUUGCUUGGAGACACAUCUCCCAAGGCUGGGAGCCCAGACCACGGGUGAUGCUUUGAGGACCAUUCCACCCUUGGGCUCGGGGGACCUGGCCCAGACGCUUCUAUUAAUGUUGCCAAUGCAUUCCAGAUCAAAAAAGAACAUCCGUUCCAUGUGAUGUCAUACUGGCUCCCUGCUGAUUGGAUGCGGCUUGGCAAAGUGCAUUUGUGAGGUCAAGAGCGGUGGGAGAAUGCGGUGAUAGGAGUAGCAUUGGGAGCCAAGAGGAGGAUGAGAUGGCUGUUCCUGCUACUCCAGAUCCUUGCCACUGUCUGGCCCAGCCGUGCCAUAGUUGAUACUUGCGAGUAAGUGACGGGAACAGACAAGAGUCCAGCAGGAAGCUUAACGCUUCUUCACUUAGUGCCUAGUUAAACAAUGGAACUCUCUCCCACAGGAGGCAGAGACGGCCACCAACUUGGGUGGCUUUCAACUUCAUGGAAGAGAGGACUAUUCAUGGCUAUUAGGAAGGCUCUGCUCUGUCUCCAAUGCUGGAGGAAGCAGUGCUUCUGAUUACUAGUUGCUGGGAACUGCAGGCGUGGAGAGGGCUCCAUGUGCCUGGGUCCUGCUUUCCGGUUUCCUUUUGGGGUAUCCUGUCCACUGUGAGGACAGGAUGGUGGACUAGAUGGGCCAUUGGCCUGAUCCAGCAGGCUCUCUUUGUUUCGUUAUGGAAAGGAAGACCCUUCUCUUCAGAUCUCCACACUGAGUAUCCCAUGGGACAAAUGUUACAGAGUUGAUCUCAAGUCAGUAGACGUGGCCAUGGCUGCAGAAUUAUUGUUGUGUGUGUGUGUUCAGGGCAACAGAAGGAUGUCCUGCGAAGGGGAAAGACACUUGUGUAGAUCUUAAUAAUAAUAAUAAUAAUAUUUUAUUUAUAUCCCACCCUCCCCAACCGAAGCCGGGCUCAGAGCAGCUAACAACAGUAAAGUAAUACAGCAUUCUAAAAUCAAUUCAUUCUAAAAUCUGUUCAAAAUCAAAUUAAUGGCAACCAUUGGGCUAGAGUUCUUGUGAGGAUUAUAGAAGGAGGGGGUCAGGCUGUGCCUUGGCCAAAGGCCUGGUGGAACAGCUCUGACUUGCAGGCCCUGCGGAAAGAUGUCAAGUCCCGCAGGGCCCUGGUCUCUUGUUCCACCAGAUCGGGGCCACGGCCGAAAAAGCCCUGGCUCUGGUUGAGGCCAGCCUAACCUGCUUGUGGCCUGGGACCUCCAAGAUGUUUUUGUCAGAAGAUUGUAAGUUCCUCUGUGGGACAUACCAGGAGAGGUGGUCCUGUAGGUACGAGGGUGUUGGGCCGUAUAGGGCUUUAAAGGUCAAAACCAGGACCUUAAACCUGAUCCUGUACUCCACCGGGAGCCAGUGCAGCUGGUAUAGCACCGGGUGAAUGUGAUCCCGCAGCGAGGACCCCGUAAGGCGUCUCGCUGCGGCAUUCUGCACCCGCUGGAGUUUCUGUGUCAGUCUCAAGGGCAGCCCCAUGUAGAGUACACCCCCACCUUGAGGAUGGAUGUAGAUGGGCGAACAGCAACAAAGUUAAAUACCUGCAUGGACCCAAAGGUUCAUGGAUAAAGGAAGAACAGUGUCUAAGGAUGGUAGGGAGCAAUUUAGGUGGGAACAUGGGCCAUGCCAUUUUCUGCAGUGGAAACAUUAGCUGGCACAAGGCAAGAUGUUUGCUGCAUUUAUUCAUCUUUGAUCCAAUGAGCUCUAGGUGGUGCGCAUGGUUCCCCACCCCGGUCCUCAUUUAAUCCCCACAACAGCCCUGUAACUUAGGCUGAGAGCGGGUGGCUGGCCCCCAAGCUCACCACCACCAGUGAGCUUCAUGGCUGAGAGGGCUAAGACCCUCCCUGCCCGCAGACUGUCUUGCCAGAGUGGUGCAUGCUCUAGUUAUCUCUCACUUGGACUACUGCAAUGUGCUCUACCUGGGGCUCCCUUUGAAGGUGACCCGGAAACUACAACUAAUCCAGAAUGCAGCAGCUAGACUGGUGACUGGGAGUGGCCGCCGGGACCACAUAACACCGGUCCUGAGAGAUCUGCAUUGGCUCCCAGUACGUUUCUGAGCACAAUUCAAAGUGUUGGUGCUGACCUUUAAAGCCCUAAAUGGCCUCAGUCCUGUAUACCUGAGGGAGCGUCUCCACCCCCAUCCGUGGAGCGCCCUCCCUUCAGAUGUGAAGGAAAUAAGCAGCUAUCCUAUCUUUAAAAGAUAUCUGAAGGCAGCCCUGUUUAGGGAAGUUUUUAAUAUUUAAUGCUGUAUUGUUUUUAACACUCGAUUGGGAGCCGCCCAGAGUGGCUGGGGAAACUCAGCCAGAUUGGCUGGGUAUAAAUAAUAAAUUAUUAUUAUUAUUAUUUGAACCCUGCUCUUGCCCCAGUCUGACACUCUGACCAUUGCACCACACUGCCUCUCGAUGUGCAGAAUGGACCACUGGGAGCGAGGAAGCACUGACGACCACCUCUCUUUCCAGAGUCUGCGGAAGGCGCCCCUUGGUGCCAGGCCAUGGUGGCGGCACAGGGCGGACUACAGGUGGGGCCGACGCCCUGCCGGGGGCCUGGCCCUGGAUCGUCAGCUUGCAGCUGCCAACGUUGACAGGGCACAAGCACACCUGCGGAGGCGCCCUCAUCACUGCCCGGUGGGUCCUCACAGCUGCCCACUGCUUUGGAAGCAAAAAGUAAGCAGGAGCCAAAGUGGUUGGGGAUGGAUGAGGCGAAGGAAGAUGCCCCCCUGACUGGCCAUAUGCCCUGACCACUGGGAGCCGGGCCAUGUAGGGGGCAAUGGGGAAAACGGGUGCGGGUCCCCAAGUAUAAGGAACAAAAAACACAAAGCCGCAGGUGAUACAAUAGAAAUACAGUGAUACCUCGGUUCUUGAACGUAAUCCAUUCUGGAAAACCGUUCAGCUUCCGAAAUGUUUGAAAACCGAGGCGCGGCUUCCCAUUGGUUGCAAGAGCUCCUUGCACUCAGCAGAAGCGACAUCGCAUAUUCGGGUUCCGUAAAAUGUUCGAAAACGGAAGCAUUUACUUCUGGGUUUUCGGCUUCCGAAACAUUUGAUAACGGAAGCUUUCGGGAACUGAGGUACCACUGUAUAUAUAAUCGUACGUGUAAUUGUGACUUCUGAAACGAAGGUUGGACUAGGAUGACCUUACACUACAAUUCUACGAUUCUACGAUUAAUAAGUAUACCUGCAUACAAUUUAGUAUUACAAAAUAUCCAAGCUGUGUCCACUGAAUAUAAAACAAAUAAGUUCUCCAUGCCUAAAAGUCUGAUUACAAAGGAAUGCCUUUCUGCCUGGUGCCAGAAUAUAUGUAAUGAUGGUGCCAGGCGAGCCUCCCUGGGGAGUGCAUUGCACAAAAGGGGAGCCACCACUGAAAAGGCCCUAUUCGCCUGUUGCUGCCCUCUGGACCUCCUGGGUCCAGGUCAGUUCGUAAGGGGAGAGGCAGUUCUUGGGGUACUGGAGUCCUGAGCUGUGCUCGGCUUCACAGCUUCUUCUGCUCUCCAGGAGCCUUCCGCACUGGCGCGCAGUGAUUGGCGCUUCGAAGCUCUCCGUCCUCGGCUCGGAGGUCCACGUGCGCUACAUCAAGCAAGUGGUGGUGCACGAAGCCUACCAGCCGACCACGCAGGUCAACGACGUGGCACUGAUGGAGCUGGACCAGCCCAUCAUCUGCAGCGACUACAUCCAGCCGGCCUGCAUGCCCGACAGCACCGUCAGCGUGGCCGCUCUGUCUUUCUGCUACAUCAGUGGCUGGGGACUCAGCAAAGCGAAAGGUGAGAGCCCGGCCAAGGCGGCCUCCCUGCCACACCCUGGCACCCGAGUAGACAAAGCAGGUGGGGAAAGGCAGCUGAGAGGUUCCUCUGGGGACCUUGGCUGACCUCCUUUUACAGCAGGGAGAAGGAACUAUUUGAGCUUGGGAGCCGCAAGCCCUUCUGGGCAACUUUCCAGGGGCCACAUGGCAGUGGUGGGUGGAGCCAGGGGGAAAGUGGCCCAAGUGGCAAAUGUGAAUUUUACCUGUGUUGUUGUUGUUUAGUCAUUUAGUUGUGUCCAACUCUUCAUGACCCCCUGGACCAGAGUAUGCCAGGCCCUCCUGUCUUCCACUGCCUCCCACAGUUUGGUCAAACUCAUGCUGGCAGCUUCGAGAACACCACCCAACCAUCUCGUCCUCCGUCGUCCCCUUCUCCUUGCGCCCUCCAUCUUUCCCAACAUCAGGGUCUUUUCCAGGGAGUCUUCUCUUCUCAUGAGGUGGCCAAAGUCUUGGAGCCUCAGCUUCAGGAUCUGUCCUUCCAGUGAGCACUCAGGGCUGAUUUCCUUCAGAAUGGAUCGGUUUGAUCUUCUUGCAGUCCAUGAGACUCUCAAGAGUCUCCUCCAGCACCAGAAUUCAAAAGAAUCCAUUCUUCAGCGAUCAGCCUUCUUGAUGGUCCAGCUCUCACUUUCAUACAUCACUACCUGUGUGCAUACACACUACCUGUGUGCAGAAGGCUAAUUUCUACACACACUCUCUCUCAAUCUUCCUACCACACAAGCAAGAGGCACAGUACGAAUUCAAGGCCACAUCCUGGCCAUGUGAAAACACUCGAGGAGGAUGCAAAGUAGGGGGCAGUGGGGGAGGCAGGGAUGGCCACAAACCUGGGUGGCUUUAAAAGAGGAUCCGACAAAUUUAAGGUGGAGGAGAGGGCUAUCGGUGGCUACUAGCCCUAACGGCUAUGCUCUUGCCUCCAGAGUUUUGAGGCAGAGGUGUUUCUAAAUACCAGUUUGCUGGAAACCGCAGGAGGGAAGAGUUGCUCUUGUGCUCAGAUCCUUCUUUUCGGUUUCCCAUAAUGAUCUGGAUGGCCCCUAUGAGAAAAACAGGAUGUUGGACUAGACCGUCCACUGGCCUGAUCCAGCAAGAUCUUCUUAAGUGGCCUGGGAAAGAGGAGUGCCUGGAAAGUGUGGGGUGAGGAGAGGUCCAAAGGCCAGAUCAGGAGGGCAGAAGGGUCUCACUUGGUCCUGAGCCUGUGGUUUUUCAUCCCUGGUUCAUAUUAGUCAUCACCACUCUCCAUGAUGAACUGUGAAACCGUAUGGAAAUCUAUACAUUAAAGCAACGAUACCAGCUUUUGCCAACUUGGUGGCUCCCAGAUGUUUUGGACAAUGUCUUCCAUCGGGUGCUGUUUUCUGUGGCUAAAGAGAAUUGUUGACCCAAACAUCUGGAAGCUGCCUGGUGGAAGUUCUAUUAAACCUUGCUUGGCUGGGUCUGCCCAAAUCUCAUGGCUUCGCCCAGUUGUUCCAUAUUUAUGGACCACCUUCCGCUUUGUUCCAUGAAACUCACCUCUUGUGCUCCCCACCCCAUAGAAAGCUUUAUUCAGAAUCGCCACCUGUACUACCCACAAAGGAAGAUAAUAGCACAAUGAAAUCCAAAACAGACACAACGAAUUGCAUAUUUGUUCAUGAUGGCUCUUGCUCGACCUCCACAGUUGGAGGAAGCGAUGCUUCUGAACGCCAGAAGUUUAUUCUGAUGUUCUGAUGGAACCUCCAGGUUCAGAGGCAGUCCAGAUUCCUCAGUCCUUAGGUGUAUUUGGCUGCUCCAGCAGGCUGUUAACAACACUUUGGAGGUCCUGGGCCUCAAGGAGGCUAGAUUGGUCUCAACUAGGGCUAGGGCCUUUUCAGUACUGGCCCCGACUUGGUGGAACGCUGUGUCACAAGAGACCAGGGCCCUGCGGGAUUUGACAUCUUUCCGCAGGACCUGUAAGAUGGAGCUGUUCCGCAUGGCCUUCGGCUUAGACUCACUCUGACCCCUAAUAUGGGUUUUGGUAUAUAAAUUUUCCCUUGGCUUUUUUGCUGGCCCAGGUAGGACCAGCAUGGAUAGCUGGCUCGGGUGAAUAUCUGAUGUUUCUUCCCUUUAUGGUCUACUACUAAAAUGAGGCUGCAUUUUAAGCUGUAUUUUAAGCCGUAUUUUAAUUAACUGUUUUUUUCUUCUUUUCUCUAGUAACGUUUUAUUGUGUUAGCUUUAUAUUUUGUGUUAGCUGCCCUGAGCCUGGCCCUGGCCGGGGACGGUGGGGUAUAAAUAAAAAUUUACUAUUAUUAUUAUUACUACUACUACAGUCAUACCUCGGGUUAAAGUAGCUUCGGGUUAAAUCUUUUCAGGCUGCGUCCCGCGGCGACCCGGACAUAACGGAACGGGUUGCUUCCGGGUUUCGCCGCUCGCGCAUGUGCAGACGCUCAAAAUGAUGUCACGUGCAUGCACAGAAACGGCAAAUUGCGACCCACACGCGCGCAGACGUGGGUUGUGUUCUGCUCAGGAUGCGAAUGGGGCUCUGGAACGGAUCCCGUUCGCAUCCAGAGGUACCACGGUAUUAUUAUUAUUAUUAUUAUUAUUAUUAUUAUUAUUUCUGAUUGCCUCUGUUCAAUGCCCCCAAAGUGGCAGUCCUGAUGAUGUUGCUCCUUAAGGAUCCUGGGGUGGGGUGGGGGCACUUCCUUUCCUCCGUGGGGCUUCAGUUGUAGCUGAAAUUCCAGCAUCAAGCUGUCUAGGAAUAGGUCGGGGGGAGGGACACACCACAGACUAAAGAGUGCUCUUCCACUGCCAACAGGGGUGGAGGCAUCAGACAUGAUGCAGGAGGCAAAGGUCAAUCGCUUUUCCACCCAGACGUGCAACAGCAGCAGCUGGUACAACGGGACCGUAAGAGAGAACAGCCUCUGCGCAGGGUACGAACAAGGAGGCACCGACAGCUGCCAGGUAAGGUGCCAAUAUCCUCGGCAGCUUCAGAUAUGUGGAACUGGGUGUCAGAUUCGAGGAUGCAGGAAACAGCCUUGUUCUGAGGAUAUAGGGCUCCAGCUCCUUUGGCUCACAUCAUCAUUUGGGGUCAUCAGCCCAGAGGCGUAGUGUUGGGGGGCUGGGGGGCGUGGCCCCACAUGCACAUUUCUGAGGGGGCACCCCCACGACAGGGUGGCCACAGCUGUGGGGAGGCAAGCCAAGCUGAACCCAGGCUGGGUCCUCAGGGGAUGGGAUGGAGUCUCCUCCUCCCCUUGGCUGGCGCAUGCCCUGCCCAUGGGCCAACCAAGAGGGAGGGAGGGAGAAGGCGCUGCCACCCCUUUCCCAGGAGAGGUGAGAAGCUCCUCCUGGAUGGGGAGGGAGAGCCGUGUUCUCUGGGGCUCCAGUACAGUGUGCCGGCAGGCAGGUUGGUCCAGUGGGCAGGUGGAUGGAAGCAGAGGGCAAGGAGUCUGCUGAAGGUGGGCUUCGUUCACCCUCAGCACGGGCCCCGCAUGCCCCCAGCACACACACACCCCCAGCCGACCAGGCAGGGCAGCCCACACCUAGCCACUGCAUCACACUGCAUCUUGUGUGAAAGUGGCAAAGCACAAGUGGUAAGAUCAGAGCCAGUGGUGGUGUAAUGGUCAGAGUGUCAGACUAGGACACAGGAGACCAGGGUUUGAAUCCUCAGUCAGCCACGGAAAAUAUAUCUGUGCCCUAUGUUUCUAUUUAGUGACCACUCCUCUGUUGUGAUAUCUAAAGGGUUUGGGGAGCCCCCAAUACACUUCAGUUUGCCCUUUAGAAAAACCACACUCACUUUGGCCACAGGCAGGCUGAGAUGUGGCCUCCAGAGAGCUGAGCAUGGGCCAAUGUGGCUCUCGCUCGCCACCCACCGCCAACAAGGCAAGGCACCCAUUUUACACCUUUGACUCAGCCAUGGGAGACAGUCAGCAUCUCUUCGACCCGUGCAGCCCUUCAGCUGCCCAGCGCUUCUGGAAACCCCGCAACGCCCCAGUGGCCACCCCUUUCUUCCCUCCUUUCGAGACAAAUGCAAUCGGUUGCUCACCCCCAACUUCUUCUGCAUGUCUUGUCGCUGCAGGGAGACAGUGGGAGCCCCCUCAUGUGCAAGGAAGAGGCAGCUCAGCCAUUUUGGGUGAUUGGAGUCACCAGCUGGGGCCAAGACUGUGGCAAAGCACACCGGCCUGGAGUCUACGCUGCCACACAGCCCUUGUAUGCCUGGGUGAAAGGGUGGGCAGGACCCAUGCCCCAGCCCCCACCCACCCCAGAGCCUGCCCCUUCAGCACCCCGGAAGCUGAAGACACCUCACGUCACAAUCUAUUUCCAUCCUCCGACAAACCCUUUCCAUUGGUCUGAGACCAGCAGCAAGACCACAGCCUCAUCGCAGCCGAAGCCACAAGAGGAGAUCACAUCCACAAGCACAUCUCAACCCACGCCCACGCCCGAAACCAAGCCUGAAACCACAUCCCAACCCACGCCUGAAACCAAGCCUGAAACCACAUCCCAACCCACGCCUGAAACCAAGCCUGAAACCACAUCCCAACCCACGCCCGAAACCAAGCCUGAAACCACAUCCCAACCCACGCCUGAAACCAAGCCUGAAACCACAUCCCAACCCACGCCUGAAACCAAGCCUGAAACCACAUCUCAACCCAAACCCACGCCAGAAACCAAGCCUGAAACCACAACUCAACCCAAACCCACACCAGAAACCAAGCCUGAAACCACAUCUCAACCCAAACCCACACCAGAAACCAAGCCUGAAACCACAUCCCAACCCACGCCCGAAACCAAGCCUGAAACCACAUCUCAACCCAAACCCACGCCAGAAACCAAGCCUGAAACCACAACUCAACCCAAACCCACGCCCGAAACCAAGCCUGAAACCACAACUCAACACAAACCCACGCCUGAAACCAAGCCUGAAACCACAACUCAACCCAAACCCACACCAGAAACCAAGCCUGAAACCACAUCUCAACCCACACCAGAAACCAAGCCUGAAACCACAUCUCAACCCAAACCCAAACCCAGAACUCCAACCAAGCCCACAAUCACAAUUCAUUUCAGGCCUGCAACCCCAACUCAAACCAAGCCUGAAACCCAAUCUCAACCCAAACCCACGUCAACACCUCCAACCAAGCCCACAAUCACAAUUCUGUUGAGGCCUGCAACCCCAACUCAAACCAAGCCUAAAACCCAAUCUCAACCCAAACCUACGUCAACAUCUCAAACCAAGCCCACAAUCACAAUUCAUUUGAGGCCUGCAACCCCACCUAAACCAAGACCCCCACUUCCACCGCAGGCAAAGCCAGAACACAUACCUCAACCUGAGCCAGAGACCCCUCCUCUGCCAAUGCCCAAAGUCCCACCUCAGGCUAAGAUACCAACCACACCUGAACCAAAUAUCACAGCCUCACCUCAAAGGAAGCCAGAAACCACAACUCAACCAAAGAUCACACCUCCAACAGACCCAGAAAUCAUACCUCAGCCAAAGCCUGCAUCCCCUCCUCAAACAGAUCCAGAUGGCAUACCUGCAUCUCAGCCACCUCCCAAGCCCCCAACUCCACCUCAACCUGAGAACAGCACUACGCCAGAAGUGAAGCCCCCGUCCCUACCUCAAACUGUGUCCAACACCUCACUUGAACCCAAUAAUGAAACACAACCUGAGAUGGAGCUAGAUGUAUCACCUGAGCAUGAGCAUGAACAUGAGCACAAGCCUGGAGGACCAAAUGUGUAUGAGUAUGAACAUCAACAUGAGUAUGAACAUGAACAUGAACAUGAGCAUGAGCAUGAACAUGAGCAUGAACAUGGGACAGGAGAGCCUUAUGCAUAUGAGUACGAGCAUGAGUAUGAGGCUGGAGGGCCACCUGAGCAUGAAACCCCACUGGAACCCACGACGGAAGUGUCAUCUGCACCUGUGACAGAAGCCCCAUCAACACCCACAACAGAAGUGACAUCGAAACCCACAACAGAAGUCCCAUCAACACCCACAACCGAAGCUCCAUCAACACCCACAGAAGCCCCAUCAAAACCCACAACCGAAGCUCCAUCAACACCCACAGAAGUCCCAUCAAAACCCACAACUGAAGCUCCAUCAAAACCCACAACCGAAGCUCCAUCAACACCCACAGAAGCCCCAUCAAAACCCACAACCGAAGCUCCAUCAACACCCACUGAAGCCCCAUCAAAACCUACAACCGAAGCUCCAUCAACACCCACAGAAGCCCCAUCAAAACCCACAACCGAAGCUCCAUCAACACCCACAGAAGCCCCAUCAAAACCCACAACCGAAGCUCCAUCAACACCCACAGAAGCCCCAUCAAAGCCCACAACUGAAGCUCCAUCAACACUCACAGAAGUCCCAACAAAACCCACAACCGAAGCUCCAUCAACACCCACAGAAGCCCCAUCAAAACCCACAACAGAAGUCCCAUCAAAACCUACAACCGAAGUCCCAUCAAAACCCACAACCGAAGCUCCAUCAACAACCACAGAAGCCCCAUCAAAACCCACAACCGCAGCUCCAUCAACAACCACAGAAGCCCCAUCAAAACCCACAACUGAAGCCCCAUCAAAACCCACGAUGGAAGCCCCAUCAACACCCACAGAAGUCCCAUCAAAACCCAUGAUGGAAGCCCCAUCAACACCCACAGAAGUCCCAUCGAAACCCACAACCGAAGCUCCAUCAACACCCACAGAAGUCCCAACAAAACCCACAACCGAAGCCCCAUCAACACCCACAGAAGUCCCAUCAAAACCCACAACCGAAGCUCCAUCAACACCCACAGAAGUCCCAUCAAAACCCACGAUGGAAGCCCCAUCAACACCCACAGAAGUCCCAACAAAACCCACGACCGAAGCCCCAUCAACACCCACAGAAGCCCCAUCAAAACCCAUGACAGAAGCCCCACCAGAACCCACCACGAAAGCCCCAAAACCUCAGCCCAAACCAGAAGCCCCAGCUGCCCCCAAGCCCCAGAAAAAUACCAAUACCACAGUGGCCUCUUUCUUCAGACUGCUUCAGAAAUUCUUGCAUGCUGCCAGGCAGGAGAAGUUGACCGAGCUGGAACUCAAGAAGAAAGGUGCAGAUUCUCUCCCGGAUUCAGGAGCAGAGAAAGGGAAUCCUUGCGCGCAGACAAAGAACUCCAAAGCGCCCCUGGCACGCGAGUGCCUCACCAAAGUCAGUAGGUCUUAG